AUGAGGCACUAUUCUUUCAUGAAAUCUCCAUCACAACCAACAUAUGAUGAAUUUCAUUUCGAUGACUAUGGAUUUGAUCUGCAACAUGACUUUUGCCAGUUCUUGGAGGAAGCAAAGCAGCAUGGAAAGGAAGCAAAACUAAAGAGUUCAUCAGUGUGCCCGGAAGACUCUAGGAAUGCAGGAUCGGAGAAAGAGAAAAAGGGGAAGAAGAAGUCAUGGAAAAGUUCUCUGACUUCAUGGUGGAAAUCUGAUAAGAAGAGCAAGCAUAGUGAAAAAACCACCAACGAUUCUAAAUCAAAGGGUGGUUCUGGUAAAAGACAUGGUCAUUCUUCUGGUCCAAUGUACAGGUCCAGCAAAAGUUCUGAUGGGAAACAUUGGCGUCCUUCAUCUGGUCCUCUUGUAAACCUUUUCAAACCCACAAAGAGGGAGGAAAAUGAGAUACCCUAUAUUUCUCUCCAACAUCAAAAUAAUAGCCCUCCUGCUGAUCAGAACUAUGGACCCCUUUAUGUGGUCACUUGA